AUGUCGACUCUCCCGCCGGCCACAGAGGUGGCAAUGGAUCUCGACGACUCGCCGGGUCUGAUGAUUCGCCUGCGAGGACCUACGGCGGACAGCGGGACGACAAGAGAUUCGACCGCGGGGACGACUUUGCAGCUCGAGCUCCUGGAUCGCGUUGAAGGCAUUCUCGAGAGAAUAGGAAAAGCCUUGUCUUGCAACUUUGACAAGCUUCCCGCGCAGGCACAGCAGCUCGGCGCCCCUGGAAGGCCCGGCGACCUGUUGCAGCGCUUGAACACACUUGUGGAGGACCGUGUUUUGGACGGCUUUUUCGAGGAGCACGCUGUUUGCCGGCGACACUUUUCACAGCUGUUUGGCUGUCGAUAUCCGCAUCUCAGAGAGACAGAGUCAGAGGAGGCCAUCGGCGGAGCGAUUCAUCGAGAGGCGGCAGCAUCUUCUUCGGUGCCCGUCGAAGGAUUGCAGGCUGCGCUUGACGAGAGGCUGCAGAGCAGGUUCUCGACGAUUGGAGGAGUGAGCUGGCAGCCCGUGGUCAAAGGAGCGAGCUCGCCAAACCCGACAUCAAAAGACGCACUCUCCGAAGCCAUAGACGCCUUUGACGGGUUUGAUCCCCUCUACAGCGACUCAGCCCGUUUUUGGGCACCAGCAUGGUCACUUUCUCUCCCGGAGCUCGAGUUUAUAGAGAAAUUGUACCGAUACAUGGACACGCUCCUCGGCGAGGAGUCCAUCGGCAGUCUCCUCCACGAGAUGCCCAACAUGGCGCCGCAGCUCAAGGAGGCCUUUGCUCGACGCUUCGCCCAUCUAUCGGACAUGUCGCAAAGAUGUCAAGGCGCGUUUCAGAACAAGGUAUUCGCGGAGAUGCCGGUCAGGACGGGGAUCGAGCUGGAGAUGACCAUUGGGCCAGACGAGUCCACGGACGCGGACGAGGGCAAACCUGAGAGCUCGAGCAUCGCGCCCGAGCCCAUGAGCGACACAGACAAACGGCCAGGUGCUGCUGCUGUUGUCGCCUCCAACGACCUGCGCCUCCAGAACUACUACAAGGGCUGGCUCAUCGCCGACCCCAGGGUCCAGCUCGCCCGGGCAAAGAACUUCCUCGCCGACGGCGACAUCGACCGCACGCCGGGCUGGGAGCGCAAGUUUGCCGAGCUGGCCGAGUACUGUGCCUACCUGCGGUCCAAGCACCAGGGCGAGGAGGACUGGACCCGCGACCUCCGAGAGGCCCUCGACAUGCUGCGCGCGCACUGGAUCUUUGAAACUUACCACUACGGGGCGCCGCAGCUGGUCGUCGACUUUCCGACGGGCUUCUGGCCCAAGAGGAGCACCCGGCUGCCGCAGCUUCCCGGGCCUGAGAUUGAACUGCGGCCCCGGGAUAGAGUGACUGGACCGGUGAUGGAGGGUAGUGCUGAGGACGCUUCCAGUCACGACGUCUCGGGGCGUGCUUCUUCUUCUUCGUCUUCCCUUGCUCAUCCUCAUCCUUCUGCUAGCAGUAAGAAACCCGACGCGGGCAUCAUCUACGCCAUGAAGAGGCUGGCACACCCGCCCGAAAAGGAGUCGCGAGACCCGUGGGCUUACACCAGAGCCUACCAGUUCUACAAGCACGAGGAGCUGCGCUGGGCGCAGUGGACGAGGGAGCACGCCAUCAAGGAGUCGUACGGUCACAAGCUCUGGAUGGGCAGCGACGAGCCCGUCAUGGAGCUCCCCAAGAACUACAAGGGCCCCGUGCAGCCCGACCUGAUGAACCUCGAGAUGAAGAAGACGUACGAGCUCCUGCGACGCUGCCAAAAGAUCCACCAGGGUCUGAAGCGGGCGGCGAAGCGGGCUCCUCGGGGCUUCAUCGUCGAUCUCCUGACGGCCGUGAGCAAGGGCGUGGCGGGAUCCUCGAUCGACAAGACGAGUUUGAGGUUUGGCGAGCACGAGUUUGACGACGCCGACGACGACGGAGUGAUGACCCUUGCCAACGUGCGGCCGACGGAGGCGGCGUGGUUGGAGUACAUCUGCCAGCCCUCGCGGAACCGCCCACACGCGCUCAAGGAAGGGGAAGCGCCGCUUGGGAAGAGAGGAGAGCUUCUGCUUUCCAGGGUGACGCAGAUGAUGCGCGACAUGAGCCCCGUUUCGCUCUUCAGCGACAUGAAGCCCAGGACGAUGGAGCACUUCCUCAAGGAGUUGAAUGUGGGAUGUCGUGGACCGGUGAAGAGGCACGAGUUUACGGAGAGGGAGGUGAGAGUGCUGGCGCCGAAGCUGCACCAUUUGAAGGUCUUGAAGAAUCUGACAAAUGGGGAGUUGAUGUUUGGACGGCCAGAGACGGAGUUUCACCCCGAAGACUUGGUCAAGUGGCCGGAAGCUGAGCCUCAGACGUCGUCUCUGGUGACGAAGCAGCAGUUUACCUCCUAUACUUCGCGGACAAGGCCUGAAAGCAAGGGCAAGGAGAAGAUGCGAGACGACAUCGACGACGACGACGCAAGCGUGGCCUCGAUCGACACAAUCUCGACCAAAGUCUCCGUGCCCGCCUCCUCCGAGGACUUUCACGUAUACCCCCCGGACAUGCCCCAGCGGAAAGACGUCCUCUCCCUCCACGAGUUCAUCAAGGAGGAGGAGGAGGGCGGCCCCGCGACGAUGCUGCGAAGAAGAAGAAGAAGCCCCGAGUGGCGCGACAAGACGGCCAACUUCUUCUUCUGCCUGGGAUACCGUCUCGGCAAGACCCUCACGGCCCUGCAGAAGCAGCACGCGGAGGACGAGAGGAAGCUGCAGCAGCAGCAAGAUGCCGGGGUGCGAGAGCACAACAGCAGCUUCCUCGACGCCAUCCUCCAGUACUGGGAAGACGACACCAAGAAGCGGCCCAACGACCGGGACAAGAACAAGGCCAAGACGAGGGACUGGCGCAUCACCAUGACCUGGGCCGACGUCGUCAAGAUGGCCGACCCGGAAGCGUACGAGCGGCACAGGGAGGAGUGGGCGGACAAGGAGUAUCCCAGCGACGGCGUUGCCUACGACCUGGUGAGGAGGAACCUCGUGCGCGAGGCCGCCGAGAACAAGACGAUGCUGUGGCCGCUGCAUCUGCCGUACAACAGCUACGUCACGCGGUACAGGGUCGCGGAUCCGACGCCCUGGCGGGACAGGUUCCGGGAGGAGAGCGACGAGAUAUGGCGCGACGCGGCCAAUUGGGACGCCAGAGGAGCUCGCAUCGAGGCGCUGCGGGUCCGCCUCCGCGAGGAACAGGCAGAGGACGAGAAGAAGCAGGACGCCCUCGCCGCGGAGGCGCAGAACCUCACGACCAUGCGCCGCGAGCCCGUCUGGACGUUUGCCCACCCGUCGAGGAAGAAGGCGGUCCACCUGUUCUGGGACAUCAACAACUGGCCGGUGCACCUGCAGUCCGAGAGCAGGCAGCGGGCCAUUGCGUCGAGGGGCCCGGAGAAGAGGACGAGCGCUGCUGCCGCCGACAACAACAGCAACAACAACAACAACAACAGCAACGACUUGUUUGCUACCUUUGCGGAGGAGCUGGAGCAGGAUGCCGAGAUGCCGUACUGGAAGGUUGCGGAGAGGAAGCGCAGGUUUGUGCCCGGGCGGGAGGGGUUUUGGAUGGGGGAUACGCCGUUGCAGAGGAGGGUGUUUGAGGAGAGGAUGAAGAUGCGACUUGCGCCGCCGGCUAGGAAACGCACCUGGGGAGAUGUCCUCAAAGCAGCCGCCUUUGGCUCUUCGUCGUCCAACAACAACGAGCCCGCUGCUGCCAGCGGCGGUGGUGUUUCACAUCGCUUUGCACUGCCGGCUGUGCCUGAGCACUUGAUCCCCGAGAGUCGGCCGGCGAAGAGGCAGCGCGCCGAGGGUUCCCCCCUGCACAAGAAGCUGCUGCUGCUGGGCGAGGAGCAGAAGCCUGACUUGUUCGCCAUAGCCAGGGGCGAGACGGGAGUGCCGCCGAAGCCCGUCGUUCCGGUGGAGUAUCGGGGCACGUACUCCAAGGCCGGGCAGAUAACGUAUCGUGUUCCUGAUGCGAAGGCUCAGCGGAAGGGGGGCGGGGGGAGCUUGAUGAAUGGUCAGGGGGCCGUGGUUGAGUAUCUGAUUCCGGUGAAGAGGGGUUGA